GCCGCCUUCGAUAUGGGCCUCACCUGUCCCAACAAGCACUACGCCAGUCGAUCCUUACAGAUAUACCGUUCACUGGAGGCCCAGCUGGAUGAGGUACGACUCUCCAAGGUGCUCGCUCUCCUAACUGAAUCGAUCGCAGAGAACAGUGACGACAUCCAGGUAUUUCUCUCGCUCUUAUUGUGUACUCCGUAA